UCCUUGAAGAGACUUUUUAGAUGUUUCAAAUUUUAAAUGCCUAUUAAAACAUUUGUUAACUGAAGAACGGAUUAUAGACGAAAGUGGAGCAGGAAUUUACACUUUCUAUGAUGUUAUGUAGUAUCAAAUAUAUUACCGAAUGGUGAAAGGAAGACAUAAAAUACAGGUAUAACAAUUCAUGUAUUUGGCAGAUGAUUCUUAAGGUACACAGCAGGUCACGACCGGCCUACUUUUGAUUCCCACGUGCUUAAUCGUAUUCAAGAAAGUAGAUAGGUAAGUCUACAAUCUACGAUUUUUCGUCGAAUCAUGCGCAAGUUUUUUUAUGCAUAAGUUCCUUUACGAUCUUAUAACUAGUGAGAAACCGUAGGUUUAUUCACUAAAGAAGUUGGGGUUUCAGGAUAUGUUCUCUUGCAUUUAUUAACAUACCCUUUACUAAUUUGAUAAAAUUACUUGAUAACGUGUAGCUUGUGAUGUUUUCUAGGUAGUCCGUGAAGAGUGUCAUCAUAAUAGAGGAUUCUAAUAUACGUGUGUUUCAUAAAUCUUAAAUAUUUUUAAAAUUGUGUAUUUUAAUGCAUUUUUUAUAAUAUAAUUUUAAUUAAUUAAAAACUUUUAAUAAUGAGAGCGAGAUGGUUUUCAUUACCUUUUAUUGUUUCUUUUUUAAUACUUAUGUGCUUUAUUUUGUUGGUAAUCAACUUUUUUGAACUCAGUUGGAUGCAAAUGGAACAUAACAAAUUUCAUCAUGCUCAACAGACUUACCCUGCUGCUGCUUCUAUACCUCGACCACUUAAUGACAUGAUGAAAAAACCAAUAUACAGUGUAUUUGCUAGACAUUCAGAAGCUGGACACUUAAGGCAUGUUUAUGAUGUAUUUGAUGUUUAUGGUUAUACAAAAAAACCAUUAGAAUCAGAUCCCGAUUGGAAUGUAUUAUGGGCUCAUGAAUAUCCAUUCAAAACACUUGCAGAUAAAAUUGUAUUUUCUAACUUAAAGCCCUAUCAAAAAGUGAAUCAUUUCCCAGGUAUUGGGUUCAUUUCAAACAAAGUCGAUUUAGCAACAUCAGAUAUUAAGUAUAUUCCCCCAGCUUUCCAAAUGCCAUCUCAAAAAUCGAAAUUUCUUUCUUAUGCCAAAAAAUAUCCCAAUAAAUUCUUUGUUCAAAAGCAAAAUAAUCAUAGAGGUAUUAAGAUAAAGUCUUCAACUGAAUUGGAUUUUAAUUCAACCGGUAGUUUUAUUCAAGAAUAUAUAGAUAAUCCUUUAUUAAUUGAUGGAUAUAAAUUUGAUAUUGGAGUUUAUACAAUUAUUACAUCUAUUGAUCCACUUAGAGUGUACAUGUAUAAUGGAGACAUUUUAUUCAGAUUUUGCCCUGAAAAAUAUCAUCCAUUUGAUCCUAAUAAUGUUGACAAAUAUGUAAUUGGAGAUGAUUAUUUACCAACAUGGAAUGUGCCAUCUUUAAAAAAAUAUUAUGUUGACCAAGGGGCCUCAAUGAAAGUAUCUGUUGAAUCACAUUUGAAGACUUUGAAUAAAGAUGCUACUAAAAUAUGGAAUCAAUUAGAAGAUGCUAUAAGAGUUAUUUGCUUGGAAAAAGAGCCUUUAAUAAAAAAUUUAAUGAAAAAUUACAAAUCAAAAACAAAUUUUUUUGAAAUGGCUCGUUUCGACUUUGUUGUUGAUGAUAACUUGAAUGUUUUCAUUAUGGAGGUAAAUAUGUCACCUAAUUUAUCAUCAGCUCAUUAUCCUCAAAAUCGUUUGCUUUACGAGCAGGUAUUAUUUAAUCUAUUUGCUCUUGUAGGUUUGACACAUUUUGAACGAAAAAAAGAUAGCAAUAAGAUGAUUGUAUCUAUGAAAAAUAUUGUAGCAUAUCCUAAGCAUUGUAGUGAGAUAGAUUGUAAUACAUGCCAAUCAGAAGAUUGUAAAUUGUGUCUUCCGUGUAUAGACAGUGAAAUUGAAAGGCAACUUACCAAUGCUUAUCGUGAACAUAUUGAUCGUCAUGAUUGUAAAAGAAUUUUUCCGCCAACAUUUGAAAGACGUUUAUUGGUGAAUAGUAGUAAUGAUCUUAGUAGGUAUAACCAAAAAAAUCAAUUGAUGUAUAAAUGGUUUAAAGGAAAAUGCAUUGAAGAUGUUGAAUGGUGCUAAAUUAUAGAAUGAUAUCUUAUUUAAAUGAAGUGAAUCAAUGGAGUAUGUUAUGUUUUCAGCUCAUAGUUGAGCUAGAAAUUACUUUUUAAAUUGAGAGAUUUUACAAAUGAAAUUAAUUUGUUAUUUAAAAUUUAUUUAACUAUUAUUAAGUAAAUUUAAUGCAUUCAUUUGUCAUUUAAAUAACAUACCUCUUUAUUGAAACGUGUUGCCCUUAAAUUUGUUUGUUUAGUGUUUGUAAUAUAAUCUAAUCAAAAUAUAACGCCAUGAAUAUUUACUUUUG